AACUAGUGACAUUUAAAACGUCAUAACAUAAUAAUUUCGCAAGUUUUAUGGCCCUUGAACGAUCCGAGUAAUGGGUGUUUAUAAUAGCAAGUUUAUCUAAUUUGUUGCAUUUUAAUCAUCGCCGCGAAGACAUUCCCAAUCAUGUUCAGAUGUUUUCAGUUAGCUUCGCCGAUUAUUCGAACAGCGAAUAGCUACACGGGAUUUGCAUUGAAACAACUGAAUACGGGUCGUUCGUUAAGUUUCAGUAGUUUCACAAGCCGUGAGUCUAAUCUACUGGGAAAAACUAAAAAUGCUAAUUUUUCUAUGCCUGGAAAUACUAAAUUGUCGCUCACGCGAUACUGCACAAAACCGGAAAUCGCUAAGAAAGGUCAAAAAGUAGUUGGAUACUGGCUGCUCGGAUGCAGCGGAAUGGUCUUUGUGGCUGUCGUAUUAGGUGGGGUAACUCGGCUCACGGAGUCGGGGUUAUCGAUGGUAACGUGGAAGUUAUUGGGUGAAAAGAUGCCUCGAACAUCACAAGAAUGGGAGGCCGAAUUCAAACGUUAUCAACAGUUUCCUGAGUUUCAAAUCAAAAACAAGGAUAUGACACUCAACGAAUUUAAAAUGAUCUGGCACAUGGAGUAUGGUCACCGUAUGUGGGGUCGUCUAAUAGGUGCUUUUUAUGCACUGCCAGCUGUUUACUUUUGGACCAGAGGCUACUUGAAUCGUGGUAUGAAAAUUCGAACCGUUGCAUUUGGAGCUUUGAUAGCAGCGCAGGGUUUAAUGGGAUGGUAUAUGGUAAAAUCGGGACUAGAAGAUCGUUUUCACGACGAAAGCGAUGUUCCUCGAGUUUCACAGUAUCGCUUAGCGGCUCAUUUAGGUUUUGCAUUUGUUCUGUACACAUUGUUCCUGUGGUCAGCAUUGGAUAAGCUGCUACCAGCACAAAAACUGAUUGGCCAAAUUCCAGUUGCUACACUCAAAUUCAAACGAUACGCUCACGCUACUAAAGCGGCAGUUUUUUUUACGGCCCUAUCCGGUGCUUUUGUGGCAGGCCUUGAUGCUGGACUCAUUUACAAUUCAUUCCCCAAAAUGGCAGACCGAUGGAUUCCUAGCGAUAUUCUGGCGCUAUCUCCAACGUUGCGGAAUUUCACCGAAAACCCAACCACGGUUCAGUUUGAUCAUCGUGUACUUGGAACUGCAACUCUUGCGUUGAUCUCCGGUAUGUAUCUUGUCUCAAGACGUCGGGUUCUUCCACCGAGAGCCUACACUGCGGCGACCGCGGUUGCCGUUAUGGGAUGGUUGCAGGUUGCUUUGGGAAUCACUACUCUGCUAACGUAUGUUCCGGUUUCUCUUGCCGCUAGUCAUCAAUCGGGCUCGCUAAUUUUACUAUCAUUUGCCAUAUGGCUAACGCAUGAGAUGAAGUUGGUAAGGCGAAUACCUAAGUAAUAUGUGAAAAUGUGUAUGUACGUUGUGGAAAGUUAAUGCUGGAAUAAACGUGUUUAAAAAAUGGA